AUGGUCCGUCUGUCGCUCCUGGCCCUGGGUGCCGGUCUGGCGGCCACCAACGCCGCCCACCUGUCCGCGUCUCCGUCUUCGAGCUCUGUCCUCUCUGCAGAGAGCAGUGGAACCGAACAGACCCUGCAGAGGAGCCACCAGGUCCGUCACGUGCUGGGCACUCGUCCCCUGCUGUCGCCGCCCUCGGUUGGCAAACGAGACGGCUCGUUCCACAGCUCAGAGUACAGUUCGCACGACUCCGGUCACGGCUCCGCGCAGAGCUACAGCCUCUCUGAUCACGGCUCGGGAGGCUACACCGAUGGCUACACCGGUGGCUACACCGGCUACACCAGCUACGCGACGGACGGCUACGGCUACACCGAGCCGUCGGCGUAUGACAGCGGCGGCGGUUUUCUCGGCAACAUCGGCAAGUACGGCCUCAUCAUCAUCCCGAUCCUGCUGGGCAUCACGCUGCUGUUCCUGUUCCCGUCGGUCACCAACAUUGCCGGCACGGGACGCAACAACCGGGCCAACGACGGACAAGAUGGGCCCUCGGAUGACCUGCUCAGCCGAGCGAUGGCCAUCUACACCUCUGUCAGUGAGGAUCCUCUGUGCGUGAACCGGCUCUUCUGCGAGAUGGGCUCCACAGUGGGACGCACGUCAUACGCCAACCAGACCCUCUCGUUUUUCAACUUCUUCUUGUCACGCAAGAGCGACAACCUGCGGAUUUUCAAGAAGGCAGCCUGGACUGAGGACCCUCAGUGUCACAUGCUGACCUGCAAGGCUUGGGAGGAUAACCCUCAGCUACUGCAGAAGACCGUUGAGAAGAACGAGGACGGGGUUUCAGAAAAGGACUCCGUUCUGCGCCAGCGGAAGAUGUAGGAUGGAGAUGGGAGCCUGUCAGCACUCGCCGGCCAGUCAUAAAGCAAUGUGCCCGUAGAGACUGGCUACCGGGUGCAGCGGCCGUCAACCGCUCGUUUGUGAAGAAGGGGAGGAGCUCAAAAGGAAUUUCAAUCCGUGACAGCAGGCCCAAGAGUCUCGCUCGAAACCAUAAAUAAUUUAUUCACGACCAAAGGCUUUAACUGGGUACGUCAGCUUUAACCUAACGUAUUUUAUUCGUUUUCAUUUAAGUGCCUACUUGGCUUGCAUUCCUACAUAGAGCUUUAUUGAGUUUAAAUUUACAUAGAUCAUAAUUUGAUUUCGACAUACAAUUAGAUUGAGACCUAAUAUUUUUUUGGAAAGCUAUCUACAUGCGUGUAGGUCGUAGAAAUCAUAUUGUAAAAAGUUGCUAGUUUACUAUGUAGAAUGUGAAUCGCUAAUUUUGCUCGGGCAAGAAUAACAACAAAAUCAUCAAUGUUUCAUAGACACGUCAAUAAUCAUCUUUAAUAAUGGACCAUUUUUUAUUAGAUGAUCUUGCUUUUCAAAGCGCGCCAGAAAA